UGCCUCCUUGUUCGCUCCAGUCAGUGGCGGGUUCCGAGGCGGUCGGAGCUCUGGCGGAUGGGAGCUGCUGUUGCACAAUAGAAACAGGUCCUCGGCCAGCAUCACUCAGAGAGCAGCAGCCGCAGGAGGAGGUGCAGUAUAUAUAUAAAAAAAUGUUCUCCCGACUACGAGUAGCUGCCACUCCUUGUGCGAUGGCAUGUCGCAGUGCACAUACGAAAGAAAAAGGCAAGCCACUGAUGUUAAACCCACGAACAAACAAGGGUAUGGCCUUUACAUUACAUGAACGACAAAUGCUUGGGUUGCAAGGACUUCUGCCUCCUAAAAUAGAGACACAAGACAUCCAAGCCUUACGCUUCCAUAAGAAUUUGGCAAAAAUGACUGACCCCUUGGAAAAGUAUAUCUACAUAAUGGGAAUCCAAGAGAGAAAUGAAAAAUUAUUCUAUCGUGUAUUGCAAGAUGAUAUUGAGCGGUUAAUGCCAAUUGUAUACACACCAACAGUAGGGCUUGCCUGCUCCCAGUACGGACACAUCUUCAGGAGACCAAAAGGAUUAUUUAUUUCUAUCUCAGACAGAGGCCAUAUAAGGUCAAUUGUGAACAACUGGCCAGAGAAUGACGUUAAGGCUGUUGUCGUCACUGAUGGAGAAAGAAUAUUGGGUCUUGGAGACCUAGGUGUGUAUGGGAUGGGAAUUCCAGUAGGAAAACUGUGUUUGUAUACAGCCUGUGCAGGAAUCCAUCCAGAUAAAUGCUUGCCUGUGUGCAUCGACGUUGGAACUGAUAAUACAACACUCUUAAAAGAUCCAUUUUAUAUGGGCCUAUACCAAAAAAGGGAUCGCUCACAGGUCUAUGAUGACCUAAUUGAUGAAUUUAUGGAAGCCAUUACAGACAGGUAUGGCCAGAACACACUUAUCCAAUUUGAAGACUUUGGAAACCACAAUGCUUUUCGUUUUUUAAGAAAAUACAGAGAGAAAUAUUGUACCUUCAAUGAUGAUAUUCAAGGGACAGCUUCAGUGGCCUUGGCAGGACUGCUGGCAGCACAGAAAGCCACCGGCAGACCACUUGCAGAGCAGAUGGUGCUGUUCCUUGGAGCAGGAGAGGCUGCCCUGGGAAUUGCAAACCUCAUUGUUAUGGCUAUGAUGGAAAGCGGUGUUUCUGCUGAGGAAGCCUGUAGGCGAAUAUGGAUGUUUGACAAAUACGGUUUACUGGUUCAGGGUCGAGAACAAAAGGUUGAUUCUAAUCAAGAGCCAUUUACGCAUCAGGCUCCAGAGCAGAUACCAAAGACAUUUGUAGAGGCAGUGAACAUACUUCGGCCCUCAGCUAUCAUUGGAGUUGCAGGAGCUGGGCGGCUCUUCUCUCAGGAUGUGAUCAGAGCAAUGGCCUCUAUCAACGAACGACCCAUAAUAUUUGCACUAAGUAAUCCUACAGCAAAAGCUGAAUGCACAGCAGAGGAAGCAUAUACGUUAACAGAAGGCCGUUGCUUGUUUGCCAGUGGCAGUCCCUUCGAGCUGGUGACUCUGAAAGAUGGAAGAACCUUCAAACCAGGCCAGGGGAACAAUGCUUAUAUUUUUCCAGGCGUGGCUCUCGCUGUGAUCCUCAGCAGUGUUCGACAUAUUAGUGAUAAGGUUUUCCUAGAGGCUGCUAAGGCAUUGACAGAACAGUUGACCGAUGAAGAGCUUGCACAAGGAAGACUUUAUCCUCCGCUGUCUAAUAUCAGGGAAGUUUCAAUUUAUAUUGCUGUCAAGGUUAUGGAAUUUUUGUAUGCAAACAACAUGGCUUUCCAUUACCCUGAACCUGCAGACAAGAACCGUUACAUUCGAUCGAAGGUUUGGACCUACGAAUACGAAUCCUUCAUGCCAGAUGUGUAUGACUGGCCUGAAUCUAAGGUUCACUGAUGUAUCAGAAGAUCGCACUCCUCAGGCAGUAUCUUCUACUCUGCAGGGAUCCCUUUUUCAGACCUAUUUAAAUCACGAUCUUUGAGUCUUGUAAUUUAUUUUCACUCAUUUUGUUGUCUUUUUUCCCAUCUACCCUGUUUUCCACUUGACACAGAUUUCUCCACACUCUUCCAAGUACCUGAUAAAUUGUAUGGAUGAUGGCAUCCAUGGCAGGAAUGAGAGAGCUCUCCAAAAUUAAUUUAAAUAAUGACAUUGCAUUUCUAUCUUAGAGCCAGCACCAUACUAAAGAAUUCCAUUAAUGAUGUUUUAGCGAUGUGCAUUUGAUGAUGAACUAUAGCUCUCUCAUCACUGCUGAUUUCCUGUAUGAUUUAUUUCUGCUUUUAAUAAUCCGUCUUCUAAUUGUCCCAGUGUUGUCACACCGCAUUAUCUGUGACAUCACCAGAGAGCAUUUGUCAAAAAAAAAGGACAGCUUGAGACAAAUUUAACAGCCUAAUGGGCUUUCUGUUUUGUCUGAUGUUUAAAGAUGCCCGUGUCCAGACUUCCUUGUGGCAUUGGCUGCUCUGUUUCUUUGAAUGUGCUUUGAGGAGCAGCGUGGUGUGCCCAUCUACAGCAGUGCUUGUAUUGUUGUGUGAAAUGUGCUAUCAGGAAAAAUGUGAAUGAGUUAGUUAUCCUUGGAAAGCCUGAAAAUAAUAUUAAUCACUUAACAGCUUUUAAAAACAAAGCUACACUGUUGCAUAGUAAAUUCUAUCAUAUAAAGAUAGGAUCUGAAGUAAUUCACAGAAAUCUUUUAGAGAUUUUACAAGGUGAUUUUCUGCAGUGGACUCCAAGGUGGUGUACCAAAGGAUUUUUUGUUAAAUUUUUUAAUUUUUUCAAGGUUCUGUUUCUUCUAAGCUAGGUUGUUUUCUCCCUUGCAUGCCCUUGUUCUCACAGAAAGACUUGAGUGAUGUUUUUAUGACAUCACUGACUCAAAAACUCCCAAGUGGACUCACUUGAACAAACCCCCCCACAGGCAGCUGAUGAAGCUGAAACAGAAAGUGUUACAGGCAGCUAUUGACACACACAUUUACACAAGUUUGACUAUUUCUUGUGCUCUCAGUCCAGUAUAUUCACUUCACUUUGAAUUCAGGACUCGAAAGAUGUAAUGCUUAGAAGCUCUGAGUUGAUCACUUCAUCUUCCUCAUUCCGUUUACAGGUUUAAUUUGUGAGGGUUUCUGUGUGAAAACGAAAAUUGUAAGUUGAAUUUUUCCUUGCAAUGAAUAGUACUGCACAUUUGAUACAGACACUACAAUGUGCAUUCCUUUACAUUUUGUUAGUGUCAGGUUUGACUGCCCUCCAUUACUCUGUGUUAGCAGGCGGGGAUGCGCAGAGAUAGUUACGGUCUGUGGCUUCUCUAAAUCUAGUCUUUGUAACAAGAACAGUGGUAUGUCAGGAACAGAAAUAAAGAUAAUGUGCUUUUCCAUAGUUUGCUGCAUCAAGGCAAAAGAGGACAUAAAUAAAUAAAUAGAUAGAUGUAAAAGGGCUAUACUGGCAAACUUGAAGCCAGAUUUUAAAGAGAUGAAGUAAAGCUUGCUCAGGUUUUACCCAUGGCAAGCACUCCUCUCAUAUCCUCAUUUAUAUUGGAAAAUGCAGUCUCCACAGAAUAGCACAAAAUAGAAGAAGGAAAAUAGUCUCUGUACCCCACUAGACAUGGUCUCUGUCACUCACUGCCUAGUCUCUGAAUUUAAAAUUGUGUUCAUGUAUUAGGUAAAAAGAACAGUAAAGUUUGGGAAGGCUUUACCUAAGUGGGGAGAGAAGACUGACUAUAUAAACACAGAAAACAGUGAUGUGGGGAAAAGACUGUGUAUUCAAACUGUGGUAAAGUGCUGUCUGUUGGGGCUCAAAAUGCUACAUUGCCGAACUGGGUGAUGUACAUGGUUUGCAACUUGUAUAUGUAAGUAUAUGUACACAAAAGACCAACACACACAUAUGGUGUUUUUAAAAAGAAUGCUUUUUUCAUAUAUUUUUGCUAUACCUGGUUUUUAUUGUAUUUAAAUUUGUGAUCUUACUGAAAAAUUAUUUAUUUAGUGUACACAUUAUUUUUACCUUCUGAAAAUUCAACUCUAGCUGAACCCUGUUGCAGUGUGUCAGUGGAGUUCUGCAUCAUUGGAUUCAAGUAUAUUGGGAACGCACACUUCCUCACUGCUGCCAACAUACUAAUUAGGCAGACAAGUAACAAAAAUACCCCAUGCACUGAUCUUGUGUCCCAGCUUAGAGUGAUCACAAAGGCAGGGCAAUCAGUCCAUAAAUACAACUCUGCCUUACAAAAUAAAGAUCUACAUUCGUCUGUUCAGUCUGAUUAUUUUUUUUCAGGUAAGGAGUCCAGUCACGGUCCAUAAUCCAUGGGCAUUGAUAGUACUCAGGAAAACCUGGCGCUUGGGAAAAUAAUUUUGCUUUGGGUAAGAGUGAUUUUGGUUCCCAAGGGGAGCUCCCGCGCCAGAAGCACAGGGCGAGGGAAGGUGCCUGUUCCGUGAGGUGCAGGCGUUUCCCUUCCCGGCACAGGCUCCCCGCUGUCCUUAGGCAGAUGCCGAGAGGGAUUGUUCGAAACUGGCCAGCGGUGAGAUUUUCCCAAGUACAAAUGGUCAUGCACAAUUUUUCUUGAAAUCCCGCUGCACAGGUGAAGAAAAAGCCGUCUUUAACUGACUGGGAGGCUGCAGUUCCCGUACAGCCCUGCCCUGACAGGGCUGCAGACGGGUCGGAGCUGUAGCGUAGAGAAGGCCUGACUGUGUCUCUAACCUGUCCCAGUCAUGGUAGCUAAGUUCUACCUGCAAGAAUUCACCUAUGCAUACACACCUGUGGACAUUGUUUAAUCAGGUUCCAUGGAUCAUCUACAGCUUGCAAUAUAGACGUGGUAGAAUUUUACCUUUAAUGUAUAGCCAUUGUUUUCCAUUAGCAACAGUUAACAUGUCAACUCACAAAGUUUUAAGUUCUCCCUUUCAUCUUUUUCAGAUUUUUUUUUAAAUAUAUAGAUUCAUCUUCAGUUUUGCAUAUUCUUCAGAUCUAAUUAAUCUUUUAAUUAAUUAUAACUGUUAAUCUUGCCACUUAGUAAGGAACCACAGUAUCCUUUUUCAUAUUAACCUGAUUUUUUCUAUUUGCUGGCUUAUUCAAAAGCAUUUACUGAUCUUAAUCUAUACAGAAAAUUCUCUUAGGGAAAAGGUUGUCACCAGGAUGCAUUUUGUAACGCUGCAUAGCAUAAGUUAAGCUUACACCAUUCUUUAAAAUCAUAUAUCACCUAAAGGAUGACUAGUGUUCUAGCUCUUCACGCAGCCCUGGUGACUUUUGUCCUCCGAAUGGUAUGGAAUUCUGUCUUUCAUGUCUCUUUUGUGAGGAUGCUAUUCUGGAUGUACAGAACGCUUCUGAGAGGAAACUCCCACUGAGGUCAGUAGCUCAGUCUUUUCCAGGACUGGUCUAAGACUUGCUUCCUUAAAAUCAACAGGAGCAGGGCUGAGCCUCUUGGCAGCAAUGUAUGGAAAUGGCUAGGGGAGACGAGAGGGUAGCUAAGGGAGCACAGCCUUUUUUUAUUAAAUACGGAUGUUCUUGUUCAAAGAUUUUGCAAAGGUUUGUCUAUUCCUGAAGCCUAUGCCCACAUGCCAACAAUUGAUGUGUAGAGGAAGACUAUUAAAAUGUUGUGUCUGAUAGAUUUUAAAAACCGAAUGUGACUCCUUGCAUAAGUUCUUGGUUAUGUUUGUGAACAGUGACGUUUCAUGAUGUUGUGUUUGUUUUCCAAGCUUAAAACAAAGCAACACUUUACAUGCAGAUGGUGUUUUAACAGAUUUCCAGUGGUAGGUGCAUGUCUUCUCUGUACUGUUGUUUCCAGCACGCUGUUUUGUGGGAGGGGGUAAAGUAACCCUUUGUCACACUCCUCUGGUAGUAAUUGCAAAGAUCAAUGAUACGCCUUUUAGUUUUUCAUUAGCAGCCCUAUUUGCUGACUAUUCCUGUAGGAGAGUGGGGAUCACUAUUAUACAGCUACAACUGUGAAUUUUAGUUCAGCUGACUCUGGGCCUAAGUGAAUCCAAGUUGUUGUCUUUCAUUUGCUCCGGGUCUUCUUGAUGUCAGAGGUGCAGAUUUGAGCACCUCUGUCAUUCAGAUAAAAGUAUCUACGAGACUUUCGGGUCGGACUGUAAGAACAGGACAGUUUGGACUCCAGUUCUGUCUCAGCUGUAAGCACUAUUCCCGAGUUUAAGAAAACCACUGUUAAUUUUGGACUGUCUUUAAGGUGACAUGUACUGCUGUCCCGUUUCAUAACAGCUGUAUGUAAUAAGCAGGAACUGUUGUUACAUUGAACGCUGGAGCAAGGAUAAAAUCUAGAGCAAAGCUCUAAUUGCACCCACUUGACAGCUGAAUUUGAGCAAUGUAAUUCAGCUGCUGCUGGUGAAGGGACAUCUAAUUCUGGACGAAUCUACCUUGACCUACCUACCCACUCCUGAAAUACACAUCACCAUGGUAUCUGAAAGCCUGCAGAUGUUUUGGGUGAACCGCGAGGGAAAUCCAGCACGCUUCAGACCUCUGCUUGCUACCGUCCCUCCCCGAAUUGCAGCACUCGCUGAGGAUGCAGCUUACUGGUGCCGGCUCCGGAGGGAGAUGUGUGAACAGCUACAUCGUGCGUGGGGAAUCCUGUUCCUGGUGGCACAGUGGACCAUGGCUACAGCUCGUGUAAAAAGCUCUCUUGUUUUGCUCGGGGUGCGGGACCCCUGCGGUGUGCGUUUGCAUUCCCCAAACACCGAGCUGGCGCUGGAUUGAACUGAACUCUCCGAGUACCUUUGACUUAUCCUCUAGGUAGUUCCUGUGUAAUGAAAAUGGAAAUAAAAAUACCCCUAGGACUACGCAAACGUAAUAAGAUGGCCAGUUUGUCAAGAAAUAAAAUGUCAAAAUAAUUUACAUUUAUUUCUAUCCUAAACAAAUCUACCUUACGCAAAUAAACAUACGUCUACUGGAGUGCUUGUGAGAACAGUUCUAGCCUGAUCUGUCUGGGGUUGACUUUACCUGGGAGGGUCACUGCUCAGCUGAAACUAAAAUUGUAUUUAAAUGUGAACUGGUUGGGGUUUUUCCCUCCUUUACAAUGUUGUAACUCUAUUGAAAUGUGUGUUCUGGUCUUCUAUUUUCUUAGUAAAAUGCAUUCCCUUUGCCUAAA